UUUUGUCCCCAUAAGCAUCACAUCACCCACUCUUCCUACCUAUAAAUCUUGGUCUUCUCUCCCCCAUUGUUUCCCAACAAAUAUCAAACAACUUUCUAACAAUUCCCCAUAUUCGCUUUCUUGAAGAACAAGCAGAGAAAAGAAAAUCAAAGAAAACAGACAGAGAAAUGGGUCGAGCUCCAUGUUGUGACAAAGCCAACGUGAAGAAGGGACCCUGGUCACCUGAAGAAGAUGCCAAGCUUAAGGACUACAUCGAAAAGCAUGGAACUGGUGGCAAUUGGAUUGCUCUUCCUCAAAAAAUUGGGCUUAAGAGAUGUGGAAAGAGCUGUAGGCUAAGAUGGUUAAAUUACUUGAGGCCUAACAUCAAGCAUGGUGGAUUCUCUGAAGAAGAAGACAACAUCAUCUGUAGCCUCUAUAUAAGUAUUGGCAGCAGGUGGUCCAUAAUUGCAGCUCAGUUACCAGGAAGAACAGAUAAUGAUAUUAAAAACUACUGGAACACCAGAUUGAAGAAGAAACUAUUGGGAAGACGCAAACAGUCGUCUAACAAUCGGUUAUCCUCUGCGAAUCAUCAGGAUUCAAAGGAUGCCAAUGGCUUAGAAGAUUCACUAAGCAGCUCAGCUCUUGAAAGACUUCAACUCCAUAUGCAUCUUCAGAGCCUUCAAAACCCUUUCUCUUUCUACAAUAAUCCUGCACUCUGGCCCAAAUUGCAUCCUUUCCAAGAAAAUUAUAAGAUGAAUCAGAGUUUUCAAUCUUUCAAUCACGAGAGCCCGAAUCCGGUACUUAUCCAACACGGUCUCCCUACUAGUCCUCAAUCUGAUCCAUUAUCAACAAUUCAACAAGAUUAUGCAAAAAUCAGCAAAAAUCCCAACAUAGAUGGAUUGGGAAAAACUUUAAAUGCUUCCGACGGCUCGAACUCGUUCAUCAACGUGAGCAAUAAUCCGAUGGAUUCGAUUAUGGUUUCGAAUGUUAAUGAUGAUGGCAUACAACAGUCUAAUCAUCAUCAUCAGGAGCAACAGGUUUCUGCCUUCCAAGCUGAGCUUGACAGCAUUCUUAAUAACAAAGCUGCAGCAGCAGUGAAUUUCGUAACACAGCAGCAGCAGCAGGGAGACCAAAUGGGUGCUGCUGAUUUUGAUUAUUGUUUCAAAGAAAUGAAUGUGAGCAAGGACAGCUUGAUGUGGUGGUCCAAUGACUUUGACUCAUCAAAAUCAGCGUCUUCCAAUUCCUGGGAUUCAAAUUCUGUACUUCAGUCGGAUGGGAUUUUCCAAGACUAUGAAUUAGGUUACAACUUGUAGGUAACAAAUCAAUUAAAAAAACUACGUAGAGAGUGUGGUGAAAUGUGUCUUGGUGAUCAUAACAUGGAGAUAUGGAAGAUGUGUACGGUACUUGUCGGUUCCCAUAACAUGCAGGUUUUUGUAAAUUAAGACCGUGUGGAUAAUUAAUAAUAUUUUCAA